UCGUCACCUCCCCUCCUCACGCGACAACUUCGAAGCUCCAACUCCUUUCUUUUCACCUCGUUGCCUCCGCCCCCCACCUCUCUCUCUCAUCACUUUAUCUCUCUAAAAUCUGUAUCUAUACACUGCUGUCUCUCUUGUUAAUCCCUCCAUAUUCGGAAAUACUAGCCGUCCCUUUCUCUCUAUAUAGACACAUACAUACAUGUAUAUGUGUAUGUAACAAAAAACUCGCACACUCGUCUGAUUCUAACAAAUCCUCCGUUUUUCAGGCCAAUUCCCGACGGAAGCUUCAAGUUGAACAGUGACUAUACACACCGGAAGCCCCAAUUCCUCACAAAUCUCCGGCAACAAUGUCGCAAUCGCUCAAUUUCUUCAUUUCUACGUCCCGGUCACAACACUUCACCAUUUCGAAGCACUCCUAUAUAAAACCCUCGGUACCUAUCGUUAAUUUACGGUUUCCGUUACGGAAACCAAUCGCAGCCUCAGCUUCAGAUCUCGAUUCGUCUGUGUCUUCGUCUUCGUCGUCUCCGGUGCUGGUCUCCGAUAACGGCAAGGGCGGAGGGGUGCUACCCGGUGCAUCGCGGGAUUAUGCAUUGACGGCGACGGACUCGAGUUCCAUCGAGGUGGAUGCGGUGACGGAGGUGGAGCUGAAGGAGAACGGGUUUCGGAGCACGAGGCGGACGAAGCUCAUUUGCACGGUGGGACCGGCUACGUGCGGGUUCGAGCAGCUGGAGGCGUUGGCCGUGGGUGGAAUGAAUGUUGCGCGGAUCAAUAUGUGUCAUGGUACGCGUGAGUGGCAUCGGAGAGUGAUCGAGCAUGUGAGGAGGUUGAAUGAAGAGAAGGGAUAUGCUGUUGCGAUCAUGAUGGACACUGAAGGCAGUGAGAUUCAUAUGGGGGACCUCGGUGGGGCUCCAUCUGCAAAAGCAGAGGAUGGUGAAAUCUGGACUUUCAGUGUUCGAGCUUUUGAUGUGCCUCGGCCAGAACGCACCAUAAAUGUGAAUUAUGAUGGCUUUGCUGAAGAUGUCAAAGUGGGGGACGAACUCCUGGUUGAUGGUGGAAUGGUAAGGUUUGACGUAAUUGAGAAGUUUGGUCCAGAUGUCAAGUGUCGAUGUACUGAUCCUGGACUUAUGCUUCCUCGGGCUAACCUGACUUUCUGGCGGGAUGGGAGUUUGGUAAGGGAACGCAAUGCCAUGCUCCCUACAAUUUCCUCCAAGGAUUGGUUGGACAUUGAUUUUGGGAUUGCAGAGGGUGUUGAUUUUAUUGCAAUAUCGUUUGUCAAGUCUGCUGAAGUGAUUAAUCAUCUUAAAAGCUAUAUUAAAGCACGGGCUCCUGAUGGUGAUAUUGCUGUAAUUGCAAAGAUAGAGAGUAUUGACUCAUUAAAGAACUUGGAAGAGAUCAUUCAAGCAUCUGAUGGAGCUAUGGUAGCAAGAGGAGAUCUGGGUGCUCAGAUUCCUUUGGAACAGGUGCCAUCAGCCCAGCAAAAGAUUGUUCAAGUAUGCAGGCAGUUAAAUAAACCUGUCAUUGUUGCCUCUCAGUUACUUGAAUCAAUGAUUGAAUAUCCCACGCCCACAAGAGCAGAGGUGGCUGAUGUUUCCGAAGCAGUUAGGCAACGAGCAGAUGCUUUAAUGCUUUCUGGUGAGUCGGCCAUGGGCCAGUUCCCUGAGAAAUCAUUGACUGUUCUGAGAAGUGUUAGCUUGAGAAUUGAGAGGUGGUGGAGGGAAGAGAAACGCCACGAAGCUAUGGAACUUUCAGACAUAUCAUCUACAUUCUCAGACAGCAUUUCAGAAGAGAUUUGCAACUCUGCUGCUAAGAUGGCUAACAAUUUGGAGGUCGACGCCCUCUUUGUUUACACAAAGACAGGGCACAUGGCAUCUCUGCUAUCACGCUGCCGACCGGACUGCCCAAUUUUUGCUUUUACAACCACAUCAUCUGUAAGGAGGCGUUUAAACUUGCAGUGGGGCCUGAUACCCUUCCGCGUGAGCUUCUCUGAUGACAUGGAAAACAACCUAAAUAAAACUUUCUCCUUGCUCAAGGCCAGAGGAAUGAUCAAAUCAGGUGACCUGGUCAUCGCUGUCUCUGACAUGUUGCAAUCGAUUCAAGUUAUGAACGUUCCGUGAGAACAUAAAUUAUAUUCUGUUUGUGAGCUUCAUUAGGUACUGCUAGAUAACAUUUUCUGUCGAGAGAGCAUAAAUUAUAUUCUGUUUGUGAGCUUCUUUAGAUACUUCUAGAUAACAUUUUCUGUUGAGCUGCUACUUAAAUUACUAAUAGUGCUUGAAGAGGGCGGGUGAAGAAGUUAAGAAAAUGAAAUUUUUACCCAAAUAACUGCAAAAUAUGCUUUUGAAGGCAGUCGCUGUAAUUUUUAUUUUUAUUUUUUUGUCUUUUUCUCUUUUUCACGAUUGAUAUAUUAUUCAAUUUGAAGUUUCAGUUUUAACAAA